CAUCUUAAUCUUAUCUCUGAGACUUUAAAAUGUCUGAUUUAAAAGUAGUUUGGCAUUUGAUAGAAACCCCUAUUUCACUUGUGAGUGAUGCUAAAUCUUUUUCUUCUGUUAGCUUUUAUCGUUUUUGUUUCAACAGAUGAAGAUACCGUUGAGUCAGAGGAAACCUUUCAGAGGUUCAAUGUUAGAUCUUCAGAUUUUGCGGAGAUAGUUUCAACUGCUUCUUUUGUGGACAAAUCAAUGUAUAUCAAAACUUUUGUGGAGGACAGCGGCAUUGUAGUCAUAACAGCUCCCCACCAUUUUGGAAAGUCAACAAACCUCAACAUGCUGAAGAGAUUUUUGGAAAUUGAAGUGGAUGAGGAGGGGAAUAAAAAAUCUAAAACAAAAAACAUCCGUGAACCGGUAAGAGACACAGAAAAUUACGCCUUGUUUGUAAACAACAAAUUGAAGAUCACAAAGAAUGAAACCUUCAUGAAUUAUCAUUUUGGCAAGCAUCCAGUGAUUUCAGUGGAUUUUGAGUUUGACAACAUUCAUGUGAUGAGCUACGAUAUCGCUAUCGACCAGGUAAAAUAUUCUAUCCACCGGAGUUUUACAGAACACCACUAUUUAAAGAAAAGUGAUAGACUCAAUUCAGAAGAGAAGAUGAUUGUAAAAAAUUGGUGUAGCACAUCAGGGUACAGCAAAAUGACAGAAACUGAAGUGACCGAUAGUUUGCGUCUGUUGUCACGUCUUCUCUAUCGCCACUACGAUAAUCGUCGUGUUUAUGUUCUUAUUGACAACUUUGAUUUACCAGCUGUCAAUGCUCUUUUGUUUGCUGAAACAGAAGACAUCAUGGGAGGAAUUUAUAGACUAAUUUCAUCUGUCGUGUUGAAAGUGUUACAGAAGAAUUUUCACGCACACCGCGGUUUGAUUUCCGGUAUCUCUUACAUCGCAGGAUCUCCCGCUUUGUAUAGUUUAGGUUAUGUUUCUGUUUGUCGCUUCUUAGAAGAUCACAGUUAUGCAGGGUUCCAUGGCUUGACAAAAAAUGAAUCUAUAGAACUCUUUUCAAGGGAAGUUUUUAACCUUAGUUCAGCACUGAUAGAUUUAGCAGAGACCAAUUAUGGUGGUUAUCAGAGCUGCGGAAAUGUAACCAUUUACAAUCUGUGGUCCGUCAUUCAUCUCUUGUUGACAAAGGAAGCUCGGGAUUACUGGGCAGGACCGGGGAUGUUCUUCAACUUGGAGAACCUCCUGAGAGCUCCCUCAAUACAGAAAGAGAUUAUUUUCCUAUCAAAAGGAAUGGACCGGAAGGUUCGCCUCAAGAAAAUCUAUGCACCAGAUGAUGUUAUCCGGCUGAGAGAUCUGAUCCUGAAACCGGAACUCCACAAGGAUAUACACAAUGCGGACCUGGCUCUUGCCUUUCUUGUGGAGCUGGGAUACCUUACAUACGUCCCCACGGCACAGUCCUUUCUUGGCAGGAAGCGAGUGAAGAUACCCAACAAAGAGAUGAGGCGUCAUGUGCUUCAACAAAUGAAAAAGUACAAAAAACACUAUGGAGCAAUAGAGGAGCAGCUUGGAUAUGCUGCCAGGUCGGUUGAUUAAGACAUCUGUUCUUGCUGAAUUGAGCUAAGCAAGGAUUGUAAAGCUAAACUUUUGAAACUGAAACAAGGUAAACGUGUCCUACUUAUAAUUAAUAAUUGAUCAUUUCACUAACUAGACAAAGUAUAACUUUUAGAUGUUUCUUAAGUGGAAAUGAAAUUAGCAAAAAUGAUGAAGAUUAAACAGUGUACAUUUUGUAUUUAAAUACAGCCUUGAACAAGUUCACUGAA